CAGGUGGCAGUAAUGAGCUCAGGCUGUUUUAAACCUCCUUUUUUAAACCCACGAAGUAGUGUGUGAAACAUGGCGGACACAGAGCAGCAGUCAGGAUCUGCUCCUGAAGAUGAAGCGGCUGAAGUCCCAUCCAGCGACCCCUUCAUGGUCCCCAAGAAAGAGAUCAACAUGGUGCCUGACAUGGGCAAGUGGAAGAGGUCUCAGGCGUACGCUGACUACAUGGGCUUCGUCCUGACCCUGAACGAAGGCGUGAAAGGGAAGAAGCUCACGUGUGAAUAUAAGGUGUCAGAGACGGUCGAGAAGUUAUUGGAGCUCUUGGAGACUCUGGAUCGAUGGAUCAACGAGACGCCUCCCGUCGACCAACCAUCCCGGUUUGGGAAUAAGGCCUACAGAACCUGGUACAGCAAGCUGGAUCAGGAAGCAGAGGCCUUGGUGUCCACGUUGCUCCCUGAAGAUAAAAGUGCCGCAGCUCCAGAGAUUGCCGUCUACCUGAAAGAGUCUGUGGGGAACUCCACCAGGAUAGACUACGGGACAGGUCAUGAAGCUGCGUUCGCUGCAUUCCUCUGCUGCCUCUGUAAGGUCGGGGCGCUCCGAAUCGAUGAUCAGCUGGCUAUUGUUUUUAGAGUUUUUAACAGGUAUCUGAUGGUGAUGAGGAAGCUGCAGAGAACUUACAGAAUGGAGCCUGCUGGAAGUCAAGGUGUGUGGGGACUGGACGACUUCCAGUUCCUGCCAUUCAUCUGGGGAAGCUCCCAGUUUGUAGAUCACCCGACGCUGGAGCCUCGGCACUUCAUAGACGAGAGGGUGGUGAACGAGCAUCACCAGGACUACAUGUUCCUGGACUGCAUCAAGUUUAUUAACGAGAUGAAGACGGGUCCGUUUGCCGAACACUCCAACCAGCUGUGGAACAUCAGCGCUGUUCCUUCCUGGUCCAAAGUCAACCAGGGUCUGAUCAGAAUGUACAAGGCCGAGUGUUUGGAGAAGUUCCCCGUGAUCCAGCACUUCAAAUUUGGUAGCCUGCUCCCCAUCCAGCCAACGAAGCCUUGACACCCAAGCCCCGCACACGACGGAAAGACCAAAACCCUGACGGUUGGAACCAACAGCUUCCCCUUCCUCUGACAUCCUUUUGUGCAAAUACAACCGUAGCAGAAAUCCACCACCGUAGUCUGACGCACGCACUCCCACAUGUGCACGCAUGUGGUCUUUACAGCUUGUAGGUCCAUCCAUAACUUUAAUGCAGAGCAUGUUGUGGACGACCUUUUGUGACUUUGGAGCAUCUUGGUAUUUUUGUUGUUUUAUUUAUAUAAUGGAUAGAGUUUGAUUCAGGCUCCUUUUUGAUUGAUGGGUGGAUUAGAGGUGUGCUCAUUGAUGCUUGAAUUUACCUCAGAGUUUGGAUCCUGACCCGCUGAGUGAGGUGAUGACGACUGUUUGACUUUUUCCACAUCUUUUGCCAUGGGUCCUUCUUCCACUUUGGGUAUUUUCUCAGUUUGCUUUUGAAGCCAAAUGUUUUAUUUCUAUGAAUAAGUACCAGUAUUAUUAAUAUCCUCAUUAUGAGAAGGAUUGGAUCUUUAAAGUAAAGUUACAGCAGCUCAUCCAAAAUAAAAUGUACAGGCUUUCUGUCACCAUAUCUCAAGAAUCGUUGCAUGAAAUCUCUCAGUAGUUUUGUUUCCUCUCACAGUCGGUCCACGACAACAAUCUGCACUCGUCUUCAUCAUCGUCUCCAGGUUCAGUUUAUUAUAUUCGGCCUGUUUAGUUAAAGAUAAGAAAUAAUAAACCAUGCUCGUGUUGUGCUGUGCAGCGCUUUCCCACCAAAUCCUCCAAAGUGAAACUGUGCAGUCUUUUCACUCUGCUUUUAAACGAGUGUUAAAUUCUGCAUCAUGUUCGAUCGGCAUGUCUGAAACAUCUCGGCACGUUGUGUUUUUUAUUUAGUUAAAGAAAUGCUAUUUUUGUGUUAUUAUGUUGACCUUUGAACCUGAUUUAAUAAAUUCUUUCCUUUACA